UAUAGUUUUUAUAGGAGUUCGCAGGUCUAUUUUCGCUUUUCCUUGGGCAAAGACAUAUUCGCCCUGUCCUUGCUCCUCGUGGUUUUAUACGCCAUUGACACUCCAAAGAGUAAAGUCUCAUCCCGCCCAGUCGCUCCCUAUAACUCAGUCAAAGAUUUAUGCCGACUGUGAGUGCGAGGACGAGCCGGUGGGUGCGGUGCGGACUCGUUGCGAGGAUCGGACGCUACCUUGGGCUGGAGCAGGGGUCCGGGGAGGGAGUGAAGCUCCGCCCGAAGGGGGAAGGGUGCGUGUCCCGACUGCGGGGGAUUCCCAGACUCGGGCCAGGGGGCGGACGCAGCCGCGGAGUGUCCGUAAAUUUCGGGCGGGGGCGGGAGCUGCUUAAAUGCAGCGACGCCUGACCGGUGGCAGGAGGCGAUGGAUAGGAGGAGCGCGGACGCGGCAUGUGUGCGGGUUCUCCUGCCCAAGGAGCAGAUUAUCGGCAACGGCUGCAGACUGGAGCGGGUGUGGAAGUAUGGGGUGGCUCUUGGGGCGUUCGCGCUACUCGGUGCCCUCGGCAUCUACCUGUUACUCCAGCAUCUGCCACAGAGCGGCGUCCAGACCGGCAUACCGGGUAAACCUUAUGUUAACACCACCAAAGCCCGAGCACACCUGACAGCUAAAGAAACUAGCAGUGAUCUCCAUAAUCUGCAAUGGGAAGACAAGUACGGACUGGCUUUUCUGAUGGGGGAGAUAAGUUACCAGAACCAGGCUCUAACCAUUCAGAAAGCGGGAGUGUACUAUGUGUACUCUCAGGUGUCAUUCCGAGGCAAGAAAAGCACGCGUUGUGAGUAUGUCACCCACACUGUCACCAAGCAGGUACAGAGUUACCCCGAACCCAUCCACCUGCUCAGCUCCACCAAGGCGGUAUGCAGCCAAGAUAGUCCAUGGUUUGUGUCCAUCUAUUUGGGGGCCAUAUUCAAAUUGGAGAAAGGGGACAGAUUGGCUGUUCAAGUCAACAAUGUGACAGAUGUGGAUGUCACCAAUGAGCAUAAAACUUUCUUUGGUACAUUUUUGCUGUGAUCACUCAGUUACGAAGUGCUGUAAAGAGAAAUUAAGCGUUCAUUCAGAAGGCAUUCAAUCUUGAUCCAUACCUAAGCCCAUCUUCCCUACUGGACACAGGCUGCUGACAGCAGCUCAUUGGGAGUCCCCUGUCUCUGUCUUGGGCCAGUCUUUCAGUUGUCUCCAGGGGUAGCCUAUCUUCUCUUUCUUCUCUCAGGGAUGAGGUCUUUGGAGCUUCUGUUGGCAUUCCUUAGCUCUGGGUUUUUCUGGGAUGGGUUUGCUAGCCCCAUGCCCAACCCUCCUCCCCUCACAACCAGGCUUGGGACCAUCCAUAGCAGAGUUGAUCUUAAUCCAUACUAUCCCAUAAAAAGAUUGAGAAUGGGAUUUGUCUGUCCAAAUUCGUAGAAGUAGGAAUCAUCAGCUGCCUUUUUAAGUAAUGUUUUGCACAGUCAUUUAGAGGUGGUAGGAAGAGAGAGAUUAAUCAUACUACAUGUACAGGAAUGUGCUGGCUGUCUGCCUACUUAUAUACAGUGCGAUAGCAUUAUCCUGAGCACAGCACUGGGCAGACUGGGAGUCAGAAAAGAAAGCUGAGAGAUUGUUUAAAAAGUUAACUUGUGUACAAUAACUCACAGCAGUAUCUAAAGCACAGCCUUGAAUGUUCACUGGGCAGAGCGGGAGUCAGAAAAGGCAACUGAGAGAUUGAUUUAAAAGUUAAUAAUUGUAGAUCAAACCAAGCAAAGACUGAAGCAGCUUUCAAUGUGCCAAACAUUGAUCUGCUUCUCCCGAGAUGAUGGAAUGCACCAGCGAAGCCUGUCUGUAAUGGAACUUUACUUUCUGUUUUUACUGUUACUAACUGGUGAAAAUUCGUCUUGAUUUUAUAUUUGGUGUAUGCCAUCGAUCAGAUGCAGAAACUCUUGACACUAAGAUGUGAUAAAAGAGAGAAUAUUCACUCAUCAAGAGAAGAUCCUACACUCCACUGAACCACUGCAUGUUUGAUGCAAUCAAAACUUCACUAGGCCUGUCUAUAUUUGCAAUAUGGGCACCUGAUUGCAUUGAAUUGUAUUGCUAUGCAAUGUUUAAUUUUCAUGUUAUUUAUCAAAUAUCAGAUAAUGGUCCUGCACAUUGGAAUGGACAGCAGAGAGAGAGGGUAGUUACUGAUGUCACUAUAGUACUUCUGGUUAUAGUUGAAAAUAUUGUGUAAAGACUAGAACAACUGACUCCAACAUCAUUUUGGUCUUGCAAGUGUAGUAUCCACAAUGUAUUUCAAAUUCUGCUGUGCAUUCUUGCCUCAGAUGUGCCUUGUAUUGUUUUAUAUUAAAACCUGAAUGAUUCAAUGAAUAAUAUACAUAAUAUGUAAACAGAUUCCUGUGUGGUAUUGUAGGACAUUCUGUUAAACAAUGACCAUUUAUUCUGUAGAAUCCAGAUUCCUGAUUCUUAACAUUUUGAAAGCACUCAUUUAAAACUAUCAUUUCUCAUGUUCUGUAGAACAUAAGCUGCUGGUAGUCAGACCAGGAAGAUCUCGCAUUAGACACAUAGAUCCACAGCCAGCAGUAAGAAGGUUGAGGGGGCUUUGAGGUGGUGUGUGAUACUGUAACUGGUUAUCAUUUAGUUGCUCCAUUAAAGUAUUGAACAUUAAGUGAGAACAGAGUUGAGUUUAAUGGUAAUCUUCACUGGCUGAAUCAUCUGUCAAGAAAGGCUGAAUCCUGGCACUACGGGGUCUCCUGAAGAGUUUCAUGCUAGUAGCAAAUGAAUGGCUGGAGAUAACUAAAUGCAAUACCAGACCACACCCUGAAUUGUUUAUGUUGUGCUUUGUUCUAUUUAUAAUUUAUAUGUAAGAGAACUGACAUUUUAUUAAAGAUUGUAACCAUGAAUAUUUUUGUGAGAAUUUUAUUCACAUUUAUAUACAUUAGUGUUAUCGGUCACAAACAGAGGUGUGAAG